AAAAAAAAAUCCAGCAUAUCUCAUUAAGAACCUUGAAUAUGAUUUACUUACCAUUUUACCAUUAAAAAAAAAAAGAAGAAGAAAAAAGAUAAACUCAGAACGAUAGACUUUUUUGAUCUCAUCAUUAAUUCAGGAAAACGAGUAUCGAUGACGGUGCUUUAAAAAAUUACUGGUAAGUUAUGAUUCAUAUGAACAAGGAAUCAGCGGUACGAAUAGAAAGUCCCAAAUCAGGAGAAGGGAAAUCACCCAAAAGAAUCCCCCUUUAUUAUUCACCAUAGCCCAAAAAAGCUGCAGAUCCCAUUUUUCUGCUACUCAGAUUUUCACAUUGUGCAGAAGGGUUUCUUCCCUUCUUCCUUUGUCAACUGGGUUCUUGGAUUCCUCAGCAGAAACAGUUGGGUCAAACCUUUGGAGAGGGUGCCAGUUGGAGCGAAAAUGGCGGUUGCAGUUCGGGGCAGCCGUGUCGGUGGAGGAUCCGGUGUCGGAUCCGCCCUUCGCAAUUUCUUCUCUUACCGGAUCUUCGUCUCCGCUAUGCUUUCUCUCCUCUUCAUCGUCACUCUCUGUGUCCUCUUCUCCUCUAAUGGCUCCCAGCACGACGGCGUGAUACUGACAAGUGGAAAUACUUAUGUACAAAGAACAUUUCAAGCAUUAAACUCCGACCCAAUUAAGACUAGGUUAGAUAUGAUACAACGACAAGCUGUUGAUCACAUUGCCCUGGUAAAUGCAUAUGCAGCUUAUGCCAGGAAUCUCAAGCUCGAGAUUUCUAGGCAGCUUAAGAUGUUUGAUGAUUUGGCUUCUAAUUUCGGGGAUCUUCAGAAGAAGCCUAAUUAUAGAAGUGCGUUGUUUGAAUCUGAUGGGCCUUUAGAUGAGGAUGCAUUGAGACAGUUUGAAAAGGAGGUUAAGGAUAAGAUUAAGCUGGCUCGGUCCUUGAUUGCUGAGGCGAAAGAGUCAUAUGAUAAUCAGUUGAAGAUUCAGAAGCUGAAGGAUACGAUAUUUGCGGUGAAUGAAUUGCUCGUUAAGGCUAAAAAGAAUGAUGCUUUUUCUAGCCUGAUUUCAGCCAAGUCCACUCCAAAGAGCUUGCAUUGCCUCUCAAUGCGGCUUAUGGAGGAGAGAAUUAAUCACCCAGAUAACUACACUGAUGAAGCCCCGAAGCCUGAGUUUGAGGACCCGACUUUGUUUCAUUAUGCCCUGUUCUCAGAUAAUGUGAUAGCCGUGGCGGUGGUGGUGAAUUCGACUGUGCGGAAUGCAAAUGAGCCGUGGAAACAUGUGUUCCAUGUCGUGACAGAUAAGAUGAACGUUGCUGCAAUGAAGGUUUGGUUUAAAAUGAAGCCAGUUGAAAGGGGAGCUCACGUGGAGAUUAGGUCUCUGGAAGAAUACUCUUUCUUGAACUCGUCAUAUGUUCCUGUCCUCCGACAACUUGAGAAUCCAACUCUUCAAAAGUUCUACUUUGAGAACAGUGCAGAGAAUGCCACGAAAGAUGUGAACAAUAUGAAGUAUCGGAACCCCAAGUACUUGUCUAUGUUGAAUCACCUUCGUUUCUACUUGCCAGAAAUGUUUCCCAAGCUACAUAGGAUUUUGUUCUUGGAUGAUGAUGUAGUCGUACAGAAGGACUUGUCAGCACUUUGGAGUAUUGAUAUGGAUGGGAAGGUGAAUGCAGCAGUUGAGACUUGUUUCGGUUCAUUUCACCGCUAUGGUCAAUACUUGGACUUUUCCAACCCUUACAUAAAGUCGAGGUUCAACCCGAAGGCCUGUGCCUGGGCAUUUGGGAUGAACAUGUUUGAUCUUGAUGAAUGGAGGCGCCAGCAGUUGACGGAGCAAUACCAUUUUUGGCAGAAUUUGGUAAGUACCUGUUAAUUAACAUGCUUACUAUCUGUAAUUUGAUUUUGAUGAAUUCAAUCUGCAUAAAGAAAGGAUGUCCGUAAGUUUUUAUGCUACCAUUUCUACUUGUUAAUAAUCUUGUGCUUUUAAUAAUCAGCUCAGUGUUGGCAUUCUCAUCUAUCUUUUCUAAUCAUGAACAGAACGAGGAUCGAUCUUUAUGGAAGUCUGGAACACUCCCAGCCGGGUUAGUAACCUUCUAUUCGUCAACGAAAUCUUUGGAUAAAUCUUGGCAUGUUCUUGGCCUUGGGUUCAAUCCUAGUAUUAGCAUGGAUGAAAUCAACAAUGCUGCUGUUAUUCAUUUCAAUGGCAACAUGAAACCCUGGUUGGACAUUGCUAUGAACCAGUACAAGCAACUCUGGACAAAGUAUGUCGAUUUUGACAUGAUAUUUGUGCAAAUGUGCAAUUUUGGCAUGUAAAUCACAAGUUUACUACAUCUGAGGUAUCCUCAAUAUCACACUACACAGUCACUGUUGAUAGGGCUUAGACUUUUCCAUUUUAUAUUCUAGUCAUGGAGCGAAGCUCUGAGGUACUGUACUUCCCCGAUAUAUGUUCUCUCCCCCAUCUCCUUAAUUUUCUUCAGAUUGCUGUAAUAUUUUUCUCUUUUUAGUUGAAAGCAAUGAAAGGUAACACUUCACGUUUCGUAAAGAUAGAAUGAUCUUCAAAAUAAGACUACCGUAUUUUGAAAACACCCCUCGCUCGGCUGCAAACUGGCUAAAUAGUGGAGUGGGCAGUUGAUUUUGUACUGCACUUGAAAAUGAUAGUGAAGUUUUGUCCUUAAGCCAUUCUGAACCUGUUUCUGGUUUCUCUGAGAAUCCGUUGUUGUCCCCGUAUAUGUAGUUAUGGCGAAUGAGCAUAUGAUAUAUGACGUUGGACUCGUGUUCUGGUGUGUAAAUUUGGAGGAAUUGAUUAUUGAUGCAUUAGUAUCAACUGGAUUCGGUCUUAUUUAGUACUCACUACGAAGUGAUUUAUUUCCUAACUAGCCAGAUUUAUAGGUCUUGAUCUUCUGAACUUAAUGGUCAAUAGUCAUGAUUUCCUCAAACUUUUCUUCUUUAUGUAGACUGGUCUGUGCCCUGUAAUGCUGGGCAUCCGAGCUUCGUGUUCGGAUUCUUACCUUAGUCUUAAGUACUAUGACCGACAACUUUGAUUGCUU